GCGGCAGCCUCGGGAGCCACGUCCUCGGCACUGCUCAGGGAGCCCAGACAAACCUCCAGCCAGCACCAUGGUGAACUGGACAGCUGAGGAGAAGCAGCUCAUCACCGGCCUCUGGGCCAAGGUCAACGUGGCCGAGUGCGGCGCCGAGGCCCUGGCCAGGCUGCUGAUCGUCUACCCCUGGACCCAGAGGUUCUUCGCCUCCUUUGGGAACCUGUCCAGCCCCACGGCCAUCCUUGGCAACCCCAUGGUCCGUGCCCAUGGCAAGAAGGUGCUCACCUCCUUUGGGGAGGCCAUCAAGAACCUGGACAGCAUCAAGAAAUCUUUUGCCCAGCUGAGCAAACUCCACUGUGAGAAGCUGCACGUGGACCCCGAGAACUUCAGGCUCCUGGGUGACAUCCUCAUCGUGGUCCUGGCUGCCAACUACGGCAAGGACUUCUCUCCCGCCUGCCAGGCUGCCUGGCAGAAGAUGGUGCGUGUGGUGGCCCACGCACUGGCCCACGAGUACCACUGAGCCCCCUGGCACAUGGAGACACCCCCGGGUACUCCUCGGGCUCUGCUGGGCUCUAAUCACCCAAUAAACACCAGCUGCUCCAGCCA